UGUGUGUGUGUGUGUGUGUACUUGUAUUUCUUACUUUAUGGGGCCCAGUGACCAGGAGCACACCAACGGUAUGGGGUCCAACAACCUUGUGGGGCCCGAAAUGGUGGGCCCCACACCGAUUUCAAUGUAAACUGCCUCAGAAGCCUCUGCUGAUAUGCCUCAUGCUUUUUUUUCACUUUCCCCACAAGGUGAUAAAAACUGGUUAUGAGUGUGUAUGUGUGUAUGCUCUCUAUCGCCCCUGUAGCUGGGAACGUGGUAUUGCAGCAGAUACACACUACCGGAAGUGUGUGUGGCUUUAGCCAAUGAGAAAGGCCCACGGAGAGGGAGGGAGGAGCCGUGUAGUUUUAUUGGAUGCGCCCACGCUACACGCACAUUGUUACUGGGUUUUAAUCUUCAAUUCCUCGUGUUUUGACUCUGUUUCAACUGAAGAAACACUUCAUGUAGGCUAAGCAACAGGAUUCUGUAAUCCUAUAGUAUUUAACUAUACAUCUGAUAUAGUUUAAUGUGUAUUUCUAGUCGUGUGAACAGAAUGAUGCUUAAUGAAGUAAGGUUUUAAACAGAUGGCUAACAUUAGCUGCUAAAAGUUCACGGAGACGGCAUUUUAAACCGGAAGUUCCACGCGCUUCGACUCUGAACACACGGAAAACACUCUUCAUGUGAGAAACCGAGCCAUAAUGUUGAAAAGAAAGACAAGGAUACGGCCUGUUGAUGAUGCCAGGACACACAUUCUGUCAUUGAGGGACAAGCCUGGGUUUAUGGAACGAUUUAUCGAUAGUAACAAAGGAAGAGGAGUGUUUACUACCCAGCCUGUGGAAGCCGGAGCUUUUGUUUUGGAGUACAGGGGUGAACUCAUUUCAGCAGAAGAAUGCCGGGCAAGAGACUACACUGAGUUACAGAGCACAUUUCUGUUUGAAUUUGAGUGGCAGAAGCGUCACUGGUGUAUUGAUGCAUCCAAAGAAGACCGCUCCCUUGGAAGAUUGAUUAAUGACAACCACAAAUCUCCAAACUGCACCAUGAAAAAAAUCGUAGUAAACGACAGGCCACAUUUGUGUCUAUUUGCUGUGAAGAAAAUUGAAAUAGGAAGUGAAAUCGAAUACAACUAUGGUGAUUCACAAUGGCCAUGGCGUAAAAAGGGGCCAAAGCAGCAGACUUCUGUUCUAGAGACCAAAACAUCCCUAACAGAUCGCUCUUCCCAUGAUGACUCCAACAAAGAUGCUGUCGUCACACAGGAGCCAAAGCAGCAGACUUCUGUUCUAGAGACCAAAACAUCCCUAACAGAUCACUCUUCCCAUGAUGACUCCAACAAAGAUGCUGUCGUCAUACAGGAGCCAAAGCAGCAGACUUCUGUUCUAGAGACCAAAACAUCCCUAACAGAUCACUCUUCCCAUGAUGACUCCAACAAAGAUGCUGUCGUCACACAGGAGCCAAAGCAGCAGACUUCUGUUCUAGAGACCAAAACAUCCCUAACAGAUCACUCUUCCCAUGAUGACUCCAACAAAGAUGCUGUCGUCACACAGGAGCCAAAGCAGCAGACUUCUGUUCUAGAGACCAAAACAUCCCUAACAGAUCACUCUUCCCAUGAUGACUCCAACAAAGAUGCUGUCGUCACACAGGAGCCAAAGCAGCAGACUUCUGUUCUAGAGACCAAAACAUCCCUAACAGAUCACUCUUCCCAUGAUGACUCCAACAAAGAUGCUGUCGUCACACAGGUAUUUACCAUCAAAGGGUUUUCCCUAGUGAACUAUCCCGAAAGUGAUGAGACGGAUGAGUAUAUUAAAGACAACCCUCCAACUCCACACUGUGAUGUUGUUCGAAAGAAGACGAGGAAUGGAAACAUUCAGGUGGUUGGAGUAGCUGAUUUUUCUGAUCCUCUGAUUGACUCAAAUGAGAGUAUAAUAGAUGAAACUGAUGAGGAUUCUAGUCUGCAGUCAGACAAUGAAGUUGUUCCAAAAAAUAUUUUGAUGGAUAGAGUACCAGAUUUUUCUGUUCCUCUUAAUGAGUCAAGUGAUGACAGCAUGGAUGAGCCUUCCACUUCUAUGUCUGAAAUGGCUUCACAAAGGCCGAGGAGAAACUGUCACCGCCCUAUUCAAAGGAGUCUUGUAGAAUCCGAUGACUCAUGUUGCGAUAGUGAAGAUGAGUAUAUUCCAAAUCCCAGGGAGGAAAGCAAUGACAGUGACUGCAGCUUGGAGUUAUCCCUGGAAAAUAAAAGGAAGAAUUUCAAAAUGUCAUCCAUUAGUCAGUGCAGAAACAAGUCUUCAAGUCAGAGCCGAUUUAAGUCCAGUCAGAACAAAAGUGAGUCUUCAAGUCAGAGUCGAUUUAAGUCCAGUCAGAGCAGAAGAUUUGAAACAAGUCAUGACUCGGUACAAAGAUUUCCUGAUAGCCUAGAAGGAAAACACAAGGAGACGAGUGUUUCAAUGACACCUGAAGAAGAGCCAUCGAUCUUUGUUAAUCCAGUUUUAAAGAAGGAGGAUGGUUCCAGAAGAUAUAAUAAAAAACAUCACUGCUUGUAUUGUGGACAGGUAGUUCAGAAAAUGUCAAGACACUUGUCGCGUAGACACAGCGAUGUGGUUGAGGUCGCAAAGGCAUUAAGCUUGCCAAAGAAUUCAAAAGAAAGGCGACGACAGUUGGAUUUUAUCCGAAACAAGGGUAACUUUGAACACAACACUCAAGUUUUGGAGAGUCGCAAAGGCAAACUCAUCCCAUGGAAGCAGCCAAAGAAAAUGACAGAUGGACAAGAAUUCAUGCACUGUGUUUAUUGCUAUGGAAUGUUCCGAAAAAGAGUGAUGUGGCGUCAUUUUCAGGUCUGUAAUUUCAAGCCUCAGGGUAAGACAUCUAAACGAGGUAAAACAAGAGUUCAAGCUUUGUGUGCAUUUGCUGAACCUGCUCCAAUUGGAUUUAGCGACGCGUACUGGAAGUUCUUAAGUGGUAUGAAUCAGGAUGAGGUUGCAGUUGCUAUUAAGGAAGACCGCUGCAUUCUUGAGUAUGGUUACAGACAGUUCAGAAAGAAUGAGUAUGUAAUAAGCCAGCACCAAUAUAUUCGACAAAAACUGAGAGAGCUUGGCAGACUGGUACUGGAAGCAAAAAAGUUGACACAUGUGAAGACAAUCAAAGAACUCAUAAAGCCUGAAAAGUACACCCAUGUUGUCUCGGCUGCAAGAUGCCUAGCUGGAUUCAAUGGUGAAACUGGCAAAUAUAAACGUCCGUCUCUUGCUCGCAAAGUUGGACAUGGCUUGCAUGCUUUAGCCAUGUUUAUCAAAUCUGAAGGAUUGAAGAUGAAAGAUACACAGACUACCAAAGAUGCUGAGGAAUUUGCACUGCUAUACCAAGAAAGUUGGAAAUUUGACAUUGCAAGCCAAGCGCUAACUCAGCUUAACCAGACAAAGUGGAAUUCUCCUCAGAUUCUACCAUUCACACAAGAUGUCCACAGACUUCAUUUCUAUUUGUCUGAGAAACAGCAGAAGCAAUUGAAUGCCCUGCAAGAAGAGCCUUCUCCCUUGAACUGGAAGGACCUUGCUAAAGUGACCCUGGCGCAAGUUAUCCUCUUCAACCGACGAAGAGCAGGAGAAGUAUCCCGAAUGUCCUUGUCGGCGUUCCUGUCAAAGGAUACAUCAGAGACACACGAAGAUGUUAACCUAGCCCUUACAGCACUUGAGCAGAAGCUUUGCAAACAUUUUGUUCGGAUUGCCAUAGUAGGAAAGAGAGGAAGGAAAGUCCCUGUUCUCCUGACCCCGGUCAUGAGAGAAUCGCUCGAUACUCUGACUGAAAAGCGAGAAGAAUGUGGAGUACUGAGUGAAAACGGAUACUUGUUUGCAUUGCCUCUCUCUGUCCAUUAUUUGAGGGGUUCCGAUUGCAUUAGGCAGUUUGUGAACGAAUGUGAUGACAUCAAACACCCCAAAGCACUAACCUCAACAAAACUUAGGAAACACAUUGCUACUCUGUCGACUGUUCUGAAUCUCAAGACUACAGAACUUGACCAAUUGGCAGAUUUCCUUGGGCAUAACAUUGAGGUCCACAGAAAGCACUACCGCCUUCCAGAGGGCACCCUCCAGCUUGCUAAAAUAAGCAAAGUUCUUCUAGCGCUGGAACAGGGACGGCUAGGAGAAUACAAGGGGAAGAAUCUGGAUGAAAUUCAGCUUGAUGUGACUGAGACUGUUGACAUGGAUGGGUGUUCACAAGAGGAAGAUGACUUUAUUCCAGACGUACAGGAGCCUGAAGUUGAGGACAGUGUGGCAUCCACACAAGAACCUACAUCCACACAAGAACCUACUUCCACGCUGCAUUCCCAAUACCAGAGAAAGUCGGCAAAAAAGAGAGGUAAAGAAACUGCUGUCAAAAGAAGCUGGACAACAGAUGAAUGUGCGGCAGUAGAAAGACACCUAAGGAAAUUCAUUGUGAGGAGCCAAGUUCCAGGGAAAAAGGACUGUCAGCGCUGCGUUGAUGCAGAAGCUCAAGCGUUAGGAAAUCGAGACUGGAAGGCGGUCAAAUACUUCAUCAAAAAUCGUAUUUCUGCCAUAAGAAGGAAAGUACAGUGAAAUACAGGUAGCUCAACGUAUUGGAUGCCUUCCCACUAGCAUUUACAUCGGGAUAUACAUUCUAAGUGUUUUCAACAGUUUACAUUUAGUUGUUUUCAUUGUAUUAUCCUCUUAA